GACAGAUUGGACUCAGCUACACUUCAGGAAAUUCAUGUUGCUUUUGCUUUUCGAUCAGAGCAAAGACGACCACAGAAUGGGAAGGGGCGUCUGGAGAGAACCAGUGCAGUGACCAGAAUGUUCAGCUGGUGCUUACUGAGUAUGCAAGGAUGCAGUGUUUGGCUCUCAUUCUCUAUCUCAUGCUACUGCCUGAUUCUGCUUUCACUUACCUUCCUGCUCCACUCAAUGUUUCCAUCAUCUCUCUUAACUUCCACCAUGUCAUGCGAUGGGAUCCUGGACCUGGCACCCCACCACAUGCACAGUACAGGAUUAACAAGAGGUUGUACGGGGGGAAAAUAAAGCAACUGAACUCAAAGACGACAUCAUUAAAGCUGCACCUAGUCUACAAUCACAUAUAUAUCCUGACUGUCCAGGCAUCCUACAACCAUACCCUCUCUCCUGAGUCCAACAAAUGCGUGUUCACCCCAUACACAGAUACCACAAUAGGUCCUCCAGAAGUCUCACUCGCUGGAUGUGGCAACUGCAUACAAGUCAACAUUUCGUUGCCGGAGGCCGACAGGAGCUCAGGAAUUGAUGAUAUCCAGAAAUUGUACGCUUCCCAAUUCAGAGUCGUUUGGAAGAGUGAAAAUAACAAAAUCGAGUCUCUUGUGACAGGAAACAAGAGUUUAACUCUUCGUAACCUUAACAGAGGUAAGGAGUACUGUGUACAAGUGCACACAGAGACUAAUUUGAACAAAAACACUGAGCCAUCCUCUUUGAAAUGCAUCUUCACCAGCAUCGUGGAACCGGAAAAAGACAUUGUUGUUAUAGGAGUAGUUGCUGCUCUUCUGAUUUUUUUUGCGAGUGUCCUCUUAACCGUCAUGUUCUGCCUCCACUACACUGGAUUCCUUUGUAAACUGAAGGCUCUGCCUACAGCACUAAAGGCUCUGGGCCAAGGCUACAACCUGACACCAGAGGGAACAAUCCCCGACCCAGUCUGCAUUGACUCACAGAUAGAGAAACAGAGGCAGCACAACAAGCCCACAAUGCAACUUCAUGCCGUGGAAAAUGAGGAUGAAGAUGAGGAGGAAGAGGAACAGACAAAUGUCUACAUGGACAGAGCUGCACAGUGUUUCACAGGUGAAAGUUUGUGCUUGGGUUCUGGCAACAUGUCGAUGCACAGCGAGCCAGCUGCAGCAGCGGACUGUGGAAGUUUGACAGAGAGGUUGUCAGCUGAGGUGGAGCUUUCAGAUGCAGAGACUGAUGAUGGGGUCACACUUGGGGGUCUAGAUGAAGAUUUGGUCAAAGCUGAAGGAACAAAGGAGAAGAAAGAUGAGAUGAAGCAAGAGAAGGUGUUUGAAAGCUCUGGCAAUGUCAAUUUGUUUUCAGUCACCCUUGCUGCACUGACUGUAGAAGAGGAGGAGGAAGACGAACAAAAUGUAGAAGAGCCUCUCUCAAACUUUUUGAGACUAUCUGAUCCGGAGCCUCUACAAACAGUCCAAAAAUGGAGUUUAAGCAACACAGACUCACAAACUCAAUCAGACGAUGAGACAACUGUGGGGUUAAUGAAAGACACGCAUGAAGACUUUACUGAGACUGGCUAUGAAGGCAUGCGUGCAAACACUUCUGGCUACAUUCAAACGCAAAAUAAAGAAGACGAAGAGGGAGAGGAGGAAGAUGACAAAAUCUUUGAAUAUAUGGCACACACGUGAUACAGUAUGUGGCUUUGAUGUGUGUAGUAAGUAUGAGAUGCUUAUACACUGUGUAUGAAUAUUCAUUAAUAUAUUUCUUCCCUGCGGGUCCAACUGAAAUACCUUCAGUAUCACAUGAAAGAUGCAGUUUUAAUCCUGUGUCUCUGCGUUCAUUUAUCUCAUGUUAUUUUGAAAAU